AUGAUGUUCUGUGAUCACCCCCUUACUGGGGAGAGGCUGUCGACCAUAGAGGGUGUUGCAUCUCGCAGGUGGUGGGGAACAUGGUGCCGGACACUGCAGCUGCUCCAGAUUCGCGUUUCCCUCGUGCGGAUUGGAAUGCAGUGUGAAAUCCCACUUGGUGGAUACACCCACCACAAGUCACUAAGCCGGUGCUCAUCACCACUCCCAGUGCAUCGGAUGCUGCUCAAUGUCGAGGUUUGGGCCGUUUGUCCAGUGCCAACGCACACUGUCGCGCCUGGAGCAUUUGCCAGGCUGCUCUAUGUGGGUUUGUGGUCUGCAGAAUGCUGCAAAAAUUGCCUAUGA